AUGGGAGGUUUGACCCUGGCAAAGGCCCUUCUAAACGAUGGAGGACAUGUCCAGGUUCGUCUUUACGAAGCCUGGGAUGAUUGGAAGGUCCGCGGCGGUGCUCUGGGUCUUGCAGCCGGUGCCCGUGUGCUGCAGCGCCUCGGGCUGGGCAUGGAGCUCGCUGCGAUAUCGAAUCAGAAUCAAGGUAUGCGCUACUACGCGGAGGGAAAGGAGCUCAACUCUGCGUCUAUCCCAGGAGACUUCGUGAUGCGCCCUGACCUGCAAAGAAUUGUGGUAGAGUCCUUGCCAGCUGAGACCAUCAAGCUGGGGCACAAGUUAGUCGAUAUUGUAGAAGACCAGGAUGAGGUAAGGCUGUCCUUUGAGAAUGGAGUCACCGACUCUGCUGAUGUGGUUGUGGCCUCGGAUGGUAUACAUAGCUUUGUCAGGCAAAAGGUAUUCGGGGCAGACCAGCCAGUCUACACCGGCUACAGGGUGUUGUAUAGCGUCUCAUCCAAGCCCAUCCGCCCAGAUCCCACGAUGGCUUCAAUGCACUGGCUGCAGGCAGACGGCACUGGCUUUGCCGUGCUGGACGUGACAGCUGGCAAAGGGGAGGGCCGCCAUGACAUUUGCGCUGUGAUCUUGGGAAGCCAGGAAGCAGUGACGGACCGCUGGGACUCCACCAUCGUCCGGGAGAGGUUUGCCGAGCUUGCCCGGGAAGCAGCCCCGAACCAUGAAGUUCUGAGGCGUUCCGUCGAGAGCGCGGAUGUUUGUUUCGACUGGGGCGUCUACCAGCAGCCGGUCAGGGCAUCCUGGAUUUCGAAUCACGGCCGUGUGGUGCUUCUCGGUGAUGCUGCCCAUGCCACGGCACCCUUCAUGGGUCAGGGUGCCAACAUGGCCAUGCAUGAUGCCUGGUGCUUGUCCCGUGUCUUGUUGAACGAGGACCUCUCACUUCGUGAAGGCCUUCGCUUGUAUGAGGCCAGCCGCAAGUCCUACUGCGAGAGCGUUGUGUCUGCCAGCUCCAAGGUGGGGAAGAUGCAUACAGCCACUGGCCUUCAGGCCCUGGGUCGCAACUUUCUGCUGAAGCCCUUGCUUUUAUGGAACCUUCGCAAGACCUGGGCAGUGGACCCCACGGAGCGCAAUCCUUGGGAGACUGAGCCUUCCAGCUUGCAGCGCCUGGGCCUUCGACUCCGAGCCCUGUGCGCCUGA